GUGUGAAACUCGCUUUGGCAGCGGGCUGAAGGAGGUCCGGUGGUUCUGAGCGCAGUUGGACCCACGCAGCGGGCUGGAAUGAGUCACAGCAGCGGGCAUUUCCAGAAGCUUUCCCUCUGAGAGCUACCUGGAAGUUUUGGAGUUGGGUUCAAACUUUCUGCUCGGUCUGAACUCAGGUUCGUGUAGCUGGCCUGUUCGGUUCCUUCAUGUUUCUCUCUUGUUCUGGUGAAACCAGGUGAGCAACCGAGGCCGUCCGGGCUUCUCCCCGGGGAGCUGCACAGGGAAGCGGGGCCGGGCUACCGGUGCGCACACGGAGACUCUACUCUCUAUUUGACUCGACCUUUUUUCCGCGCCUCGGCUUUUCUUCGGCAGAACCGUACUGGGAACCACCGGGACGGCCAUGGAGCUACCUGCAGGGGAUAAAACCCGGCGGAGGGACGGCAUAAACUCCAGGGUAACCCGGAGAGGAAAAGCCCCGCUGGAUGUGCUGUGCGCUGCAGGAUUCAUCUGCCUCCAAGUUCUGUCCAUUCAGGCAACUUCAAUCCAGUUCACCAAGGAGCCCAAGUCCCAGGAUGCUUUGCACGGCCGCAGUGCCAUGCUGCGCUGUGAAGUCAGCAAUCCAGCCAACAUCACGUACAGGUGGUAUAAAGACAACGAGCUCUUGAAGAACACAGAUAGGCGCUUUCAAGAAGGGAGCAACCUGAAGUUCACCGCGGUGGAUCGACAGCUGGACGCAGGGAACUUUUCCUGCCAGGCGCAAAAUUCGGCCUCAGGAGAGCUGAAGAUUUCCACCAAGGCGUCUUUCAAUAUUAAGUGGUUGGAGAGUGGUGGUGUGACUUUGAAGGAGCCGGACUCUGAAGGGGAAAUCGAGAGCUCUGCUCGGGUCACGUUGCGCUGUCACAUUGAUGGACACCCACGGCCGACCUGCCAGUGGUUCAAAGACGGAGUGAAGCUGUUGGAGAGCAGCCAUCAGAUCAACAGCAAGGAGAGGACCCUGUCCAUCCAGAGCGCCAGUCCGGACAACAACGGCCUUUACUACUGCUGUGCCAAAAACGCCGCUGGGCAGCUCUGCAGCAGCAGCAACUUCACUCUCACUGUCAUAGACAAGAGCGUCCCGAGGCCGGUGGUCACCCCUGAGGACCAGGUGGUGUUGAAGAACGGAGAAGCCAUGUUCCACUGUCAGUUCACAGCGGAGCCCGAACCCACGUUGGAGUGGUAUCACGAGAACGAGCUGCUGGCUAACAAGUCUCGGGUGUUCCUGCUGUCCAACGGGAGUCUGCUGAUCACACAAGUCAAGCCCAGGAACACAGGAAACUACAAGUGUGUUGGUCGUGGUAGCAGAGGAUAUGAGGUUGCACAGACUGCAUCUCUUCUUAUAGCUGAAAUCGGAGACAUGUUGCCAAAGAUGUCGAGGGUGUUCACUGCAGACACCGUGCAGCGAGUGACCUGUCAACCCCCACGAGGGAAGCCCGACCCCGCGGUGUGGUGGGAGAGGGAAGGUCAGAUGGUGCCCACAGAGGGGCGGGUGUACCAGGAGGGCCAGGAUCUGGUCCUCAGUCCAACGGAGGAGGGAGAUUCAGGCGUCUAUACCUGUGUGGCUCAUAACAAGGCCGGGCGCAGGACCCAGGAGGUCACGUUCACCGUUGCAACUGCCCCAGUGUGGGUGUCUAAACCUCUGGACAGCAGUUUAGAAGAAGGUAAACCAGGUUACCUCCACUGCUACGCUCAGGCCAGCCCUCAACCUGAGGUCUCCUGGUACCGCAGCGGCAUGGAGAUCACACCUGAGGACUCUCGUUUUAAGCUGUUUCCUAACGGCACCUUGAGGAUCAACAACGUGGAGGUGUACGACGCUCACAUAUAUGGCUGUGACACCAGAACCAUUGGCGGCCGAUUGUCUGGCCAAGCUAGAGUCACUGUUCUCGAGAAGCUGAAAUUCACACCCACCCCCCAGCCCUCCCAGUGCCUGGAGCUGGAUAAGGAGAUCACCAUCCAGUGCUCCGCCAAGGGCAGAGAGAGCCCCACAAUCCGCUGGACCAAAGCAGAUGGAGGAGAGCUACCACCACAUGUGGAUCAGAGGAACGGCCAGCUCCGCUUCACCAAAGUCACUCGCAGCGAUGCUGGCAACUACACCUGCAUCGCAUCCAACAGCCUGCAGGGGGAGAUCAGAGCCCUGGUGACCCUCACUGUGGCCGUGUAUAUUCGCUUUAAGGUGGAGCCAGACAAUACAACAGUGUACCAGGGACACACUGCCGUUCUGCACUGCCAGGCCAGCGGUGACCCCGAGCCUCACAUCCACUGGAUGGUGAAAGACAAGGCCUUGGACAUCACCAAGAAUGGCAGAAUCCAGAAGAUGCCGAACGGCUCGCUGAUCAUAAGAGACGUCACUACUGACGAUACGGGACGGUACACAUGUGUGGUCGGGAACAGCUGCAGCAUCAAAGACCGUGUGGCUCAGCUCUACGUAGUGGACAAACCAUUUCCUUACCAUGAUGGCGUGGAUGAUGACAAGGCUCCUUACAAGAUGAUCCAAACCAUUGGGCUGUCUGUGGGGGCGGCGGUGGCUUAUAUCAUUGUGGUGCUGGGACUCAUGUUCUACUGCAAAAAGAGACGCAACUCCAAAAGACUGCAGAAGGGCCAGGAUGGAGAAGAGCCCGAGAUGGAGUGUCUUAAUGGAGAUGCUGUUCAGCAAAAUGGCCAUACCACAGCUGAGAUCCAGGAGGAGGUGGCGCUCACCACCAUGGGUACGGUCGCUACAACCGAGAAGCGCCACAGCCACGCCAGCGAUAAGCUCCACUUUCCCCGUGCAAACCUUCAAACCAUCACAACCCUAGGUAAAGGCGAGUUCGGUGAGGUGCUGCUGUCCAAAGCAAAGGGUAUCGAAGAGAAUGAGGCCGAGUCGGUGGUUCUGGUGAAGUCUCUGCAGUCCAGAGAUGAGCAGCUGCAGAGCGACUUCCGCCGUGAAGCUGAAAUGUUCGCCAAGCUGAGCCACCCCAACGUGGUGCGUCUCCUGGGCCUCUGCAGAGAGGCAGACCCGCACUACAUGAUCCUGGAGUACUAUGACCUGGGAGAUCUGAAGCAGUUCCUCAAAAUUUCCAAAAGCAAGGAUGACAAGGUGAAGUCUCAGCCAAUCAGCACGAAGACAAAAGUCUCCAUAUGUGCCCAGGUGGCUCGCGGCAUGGAGCAUCUGUCCAAUCACCGCUUUGUUCACAAAGACCUUGCUGCCAGAAACUGUCUGAUCAGCAGUCAGAGGCGCAUCAAAGUGUCUUCGCUCAGCCUCAGCAAAGACGUCUACAACAGUGAGUACUACCACUACAGACAGGCAUGGAUCCCUUUGCGCUGGCUGCCAACAGAGUCUGUGUUUGAGGACGAUUACUCCACCAAGUCUGACGUGUGGGCCUUUGGAGUGUUGAUGUGGGAAGUGUUCAGUCUGGGGGAAAUGCCGCACAGCAAGCUGAGCGACGACGAUAUCCUGGAAGGUCUAAAGAUGGGAAAACUGAAGCUUCCUGCUCCGGAUGGAUGCCCCUCCAAAAUUUACAAGCUCAUGGUCCGCUGCUGGGCGCCAGGCCUCAAAGAGCGCCCCUCGUUCACCGACAUCGUCCACGCCCUGGGUGAUCAGCCCCCUGACAGUAAAGUCUGAGAGGAUCAUCCUCAAACAGAGGAGGGGACCUGAACUUUACCCUUUUUCCCUCUGAAGUACAAAUGCUGGAUUACUAGUCUCACUCAUUUCAGGGAAGGGGGUUGAAGAAAGAACGCUUCUUUUUCAUUUCAGUUGAGGGUGUGAACUAGACUUUUGCUAAAUCAGUUGAAGCACGCUGACUGAGGAGUUCUGCUUGGCUGCAGCAUUUAUCAGUCUACAAACAGUCCCGUCUGCAGCGGCUCACGACCUCAGUGCCUCUACCCCACAUUACACACUCACCUUAGCUGUCCGCUGCCACCCUGUGGGCAGGAAAGGAACAACGCUCUGCUCUGAUCAGUUAAGAUGUCUCCUGAAACUAGUAGAUGAUCCUAGGAGUGAGACCUGGCUUUCUUAAAUUUAAUAUUUGUCAUCUGAAAAUGGUUCCUACGCAGGCUGGAAGAGUCUGGAGUUGGAUUUUAGUAUUUUCCACAUCUGGAGAAAUAUAGAAAAAGAAAAUAAGAGUAUGGAAAAAAUAUUUGUAUUUCCAGAUUUCAUUCUAAGUCCCAUUACCUAAAUGCAUCCUUCCUUCUGUCCUUUUUUUUUCAAUCUCUCUUGCUAAUAUCUUUACUAAUACCUUUCUUUCCUUCAUUUCUUCCUUUCUUUCUUACCUGUCUUUCCUUCUGUUCUGCCAUCCAGUUUCUGUUUUUUUCGAGGUUCCAUAUUUAAAUCCUGGCCUACUGUAUAAAUAUCUGCCAAUAAUUCAUAAUGAACGUUUGUUUUUUUAUUAUUUUCAAUUGAACAUAAAGGACUGAGGAAGGUUGAGACUGGAAAUAUUUACAUGAUAAAAACAACCCUGUCUUAAAUAUUUAAUCUGCUCCUUUAACCUUUGAGCGGCACGUGCUUACGACGAACUUUUUCACUCAAAAAUAUGCUGAUAAAAGAAAAGACCUAGCAAGGUUUGCAUGAAGGUUCACAGUCUGUUACGCUUCUGAUUUAAAACAUAACCUGGAUACACUUCAGGAGCAAACUGAAACAAGAAAACAUUGAGUUUUCUAGCUAAGACUUUAUAUUGAAAGGAUGAGUGUGUGUUCUUGUUUCAACUUCCAGGUGCUUAUUUGUUACUAUCUAUGUCACAGUCGCAGGGAUUAAGCCUAUCAUCAUGUUAAAUGUGCAGCAUAACAACCACAGAGGUCCAAUCACAUUUUCUGUCUUUUUUCCAUUUUUUUUAUCAGAGUGGACCAUCACACCAGGAAAAAGUGUACAUAAUAUAAUAGCCAUGCACUAACUUCACUUAAGAGAAAACUGUUUCUUUGUGUAGAAGGAUGCACAGGUACCUGUUUAUUUAUGAUGAAGGUCCUGAUUUCUUUUGUUUUUAACUGUUUGUAAUUGGUACUUAAUGUUUUCACAUUACUUUUUUUAGUCACAUGGUCCACGUGGUCUCGGUGUGCGUUCAGUCUGCAUCUUAACUGAAUAUGCUAAACGUCAGUACAAAGGAGGUCAAAAACAGUGAAUGCAGGUCACCUGGAGUCAUUUAAGUGCCUAGUAAAUGAAGGAUUAUCCUAACAAUCUCCCCUUUUUUUACAUUAUCUAAUCAAAUGCAAAGGCCUUUGUUUAUGAGCCUGUUUUUAUAUAUUGUUUUUGGUUUAAUGUUUUGUUUUUAUGAAUGCUAGGCACUCAAACCUAGACCUUGUUUUUUACUCUGCUUGAGCAAAUGUUCACAUUAAUCAGAUAUAUUCAAAGGUAUACAUGCUGCUGUCAAUAAAUGUGCACAGUGUUUUUA